AUGGUGACAAGAGUGGAACAAGAGUGGAAUGGGACAAAACUUGCUGUGACUGUGCAUGACUCGGUGGGCAGUGGAGCAUCGCAGGUUCUGGAGGCCCCGCAGCCUGCGGUGCUGGUAAGUUGUUUGAAGGAACAGAGUGAAGAUGCCCUCCGGUGCGAAACCGUCCAGACUCAGCCUCCCUGGGAAUUGGUGUUCAUUGCACUGAUGAGGAAGGAGACGUUUCCAACUUAUACCAACUGGACUGGACUUGUCAGUGAGAAAAUGACCUGGAGGCACCAUGUCAGGCUGCUGUGUCUAGUCAGUUUGGCAUUACAGCUGGUCCACGCGGGAAACAGCUCUCACGAAGAGAAACACAAAGGUGGUAGAGAAGUCAGCAAUGUGGCCACCCCCGAGCUGAGGCCCACGGCGCUCCCUCGGGCCCUGGAUCAUUUCAGGGCGGGAAACGCAAGCUGCGAGGGCUGGAGGCCUCGGCGCGCGACCCCGCACCCCAGGGCGCACGGAGCGCGUGCGCCGCCACCGCGCUGCUGCAGGAACGGGGGCACCUGCGUGCUGGGAAGCUUCUGUGUGUGCCCCGCGCACUUCACCGGCCGCUACUGCGAGCACGACCAGAGGCGCAGCGACUGCAGCGCCCUGAGCAACGGAGCCUGGACCAUCCGCGGCUGCCGCCUCUGCAGGUGCCUGUUCGGGGCCCUCCACUGCCUGCCCAACCAGACGCCUGGCCGCUGCGACCUGCAAGACCUGGCCUCACAAGCCAAUGAACAAAGCGCGUGCGGCAUGUGGAGUGCUCUCCUGCCGCCCUGCAUCAUCCUGCAAGGCUUUAUCCAUCCAUGAAGGGGAAGACAGAAGUGGACAGAAAUGCCCUCCUGAGGCUGCGAAGACUAAACUGAUUCCACAUAGUGUAAGAGCUACAGCAUCCCUCCUGGAAGAGCCAGAUUAUAGUCAGCUAAACUAGAUAGAAAUUAAUAGGCAGUGAAGAGAGUGAUUGAGCCCUCGAGCAAAUCAGUGCAGAAGAACAAGACAUAGCAACACUGUGGCUGGAGACAACACUGAAGAGGGCCAGCCUCAAGACAGAGCUGCGGCAGCUAGCAAUAGCUCGGUCUGAAAGCCUCCCUAGUGAUAAACAGUGACUUGAGAUUAAAUUGUAAAUAAAAACACCUGAUCCAGUGAACCCAGAUAGGUAUCAUAUAUAUAAGCGAUUGACCAGAACAUCUGGCUUUGUACUCCCUUUCCUUUCAAGGCAUACUUUCGUUCUUUCAGUAUGCCCUUGCUGUGUGAUUUGUUCCCCUAUUACUACCUAAGAGGACAUGCUUGGAAUUGUACAGGUUGGUUGUAGUCUGGCCCAUGCGGUAUACACAAUGUGAUUUUGCUGUAUAAAGUACUCUUGACAAAGAGCCUCAGUGGCCACCUACACAUAAUCUUCCCUGGAGAUCUGGGAGCUGUUCUUUUUAUUUCCAGUAAAGCUCUAACUUUCUCUUUCCUCCUCCUUCCUCCCACCUCCUUUGAUGUUGUAAGGCCGUGAACUCAGCGGAUCUGACAGGUUGGGUAUUAUUUUCUCCACAUCAUCUGGACUUGGGCAUUUCUUCUUGUUUUCUAUGCUGUAAGCAAUAGAAUUAUUUAAUCUAUUAUUACCUGAAAUUAGAUGAAUACUUACAUAACUGUUAGUGAAGGGACCUUUCUUGCUUCCUGAGCCUCACCCCAAACUCCGCAGCUGAGAUGUGUGUGAAUAUUGCAUGCUGGUUCUGUCCAGCGCUGAGUCCAAAUUUGAUGCCAUAAGAGUACACACUGACCUUAAACAUGUGGCUCCUCCCAGGAAAUAACAUUUCAAGGAGCAGCCAGAACCCCAUGCACACCCUAGCAGGCCUCAGUGAUGUAGAAAUGCCUCACAUCUUCCACACAUGCACUGUCAGGUCUCUGGGUCCCUGGAAGAGGGGACUUGAGCACGUGGGCGAAUGCUUUGCUCUAGGUCUGACAAGAGCAGUGACCUAAAUAUGCUCCACAAGUAAGGAAAGGAAGACAGGAGAGGGAAGAGCCCAGGCUGCAGGCAGGCAGCCUGGCACCUGCCUCCUUUUCUCCUGUGGCAAUUAGCAUCUUGCUGGGGAGAUGACAGCAUCUCCAUAUCAAAAGGGAAAAGUGUCUCAGAUGCAGACAGCAAGGCAAGGCAGGGGAAAGUUUAGCCUACAGAGGCCCAAGGGAGAUCUCCCCCAUCUCCUGGGGGCAAGCACCACUUAUCUAAAGCAGAUCACUGACAAACCUGAGUCCCAAUCAGAAUCCAAGCUUGUAUAAAGGACUUUGGAAAAAUAAACCAGAGCUAGGAGCUGUUUCCUGCCAGUCGCAGCAUUCCUGGAAGUUAGGCAAUUUCUAAGCUGGCCUUUGCCUGGGUUCCCACUGAUUAAUCACUUUACUGUUUGGAAAAAUAACCACAAGCAAAUAUCCUAAGUUAUUUACAUGAACUAAUAAAUAGAAAAAAGUCAUGGGAGAGAAAAAAACCUCUGGAAUGGAUGAUACAGCCUUGAUCAAUAAAUUGACCAGGAACCUGGUACUUCAUCGCCCUCGCAAACAUGAGCUGGAAUAUCAGUGCUAUGCCUGGAGUUGAACACUUCCCUAGUAUGAAAGAGUUCCUGCUUUCCAUUCCCAGUACCUCAGAUACAAAGGCAACAACAAAGCUGAGUGGUGGCACGAUCCUACCAUCCCAGAUCUCAGCAGGCUGAGGCAGAAGAAUUGGAAAGUUUUAGGUGGAAUACAUAAGAAGGCCAAGGGCAGCCUGAACUACAUAGCAAGACCCUGUCUUAAAAUAAAACAAGAGACUAUCAAAAACUGAAUUUGAUGAAAAGAAAAAAGACCAAGACAAAACUGUGUUGCUGCGCAGAAUAUGGUAGCCAUCCACUUACAAUAAACUAUGAAAACCCUUAACACUGACUCAGGUUAAAGCCAUCCUGCUCUCUGUAGGCAGUCACACGAUGGCAACAAUUGCAAAAAUGAACAUUGCUAUCUAAGGCCCUUUCUUUCCUCCUAAUUAGUCUUCUCUAAAAGAUACCCAUCUUCUCUAAAAGAUACAUGUUAUGGCCUAUAUCCAGGUCAUAAGUAUGGCUUUUUGGAGGUGAUUGGAUAUAGGGUGUGUGGUAUUGUGAUCAAGGAUAUGAUGCUGGGAUUGAUUCACAGUGUGAUGCUGAGUUAGGAGUAUGAGUGCUGGAUAAAACAUUAGCUGCUGCUUACUGCUGGCCACUUGUGCCUCACUUUCUUACUUCUGUCUGCCUGCAUUGCUUUGCCAUGACUGGUUCUCUUUUGCGAUGCCCUUCUGCCAGGUCACCCUGCCUUGGAGCCAGCCGAUUAUGAACUGAAACCUCUACAAACUAUGAGCUAAAAUAAAUCGUCCUUCCUUUAA